AAAGACCAAAAGAAGAAAUUGAAUUAACCUAUAAAAUUGUUGUUCAACACAAUUUAACCUCAUUUCGUGUUUUAUUUUUUCGAGUUGUUAGAUUUAAAUCACCAAAUGGCUAAAAUAGAUUCAACAAAAGGUAGUGAAACAAAAAAAAGUAGAAAGAAAAAUAAAGGUGUAAUAUCGUUUGACGAGGAAACUGUAAAGAAAGAAGAUGCUGUUGAAGUAAUGGAAAGGAAUACUGGUGACAAAAAUUAUGGUUUUGGAAAAAGCCACAUCGAACCCAAUUCAGACGAUAUGAAGCAGGAAACACAACGGAAAAAACAGAAAAAAUGCAAGGUAGCUAGUGAUGCUGAUAAUGUGCCACAUCAGAUGAAAGAAGAAAUACCACAUUCUGAGAUUUCCGAGACGGAAAACUUAGAUCAGUCAAAUGGUUCAGUUACCAAAAUGAAAAAAAAGAAAAGGAACCGUGAUGCAGAGGCCAACGGUGUAACAAACGAAAACGGGAAAGAUCAACCAAAAAAAAUCAAGUUAUCUGAUGAAGUAGAACCAAAUGCAGGAGAUAAUCUUAAAAGUCUGGAAGUUGACCUCAAAAAAGACUCUAAAAGAUCUCAAAAAAAGCUCAAACAUGAGAAACUCCUCGCCGAAAAGAAAUUGAAAGCUGAGGUGGCUACCCAGGAAUCCGUUUUGAAUUACUUAUCGAAAUGGAAACAUUGUCGUCAGGAAUGGAAAUUCGAAAAAUUGAAACAAAUAUGGUUAUCACAAAAUAUGCUUGAUUGCUCAAAGAUUCCCAAUGAAUUUUGGGAAACUGUGGUGGAAUAUUUCACUAGUUCUAAGGGAUUCAUCAGGAAACUAGUGUUGAGGGAUGCACUGAAGGUCAUUGAGGACGAAGAGAAGUUGGAAGAUGAUAAUGUAAGCGAAGACCAACGGACAAAAAUACAGAGAGCCCGGGAUAUAGUACAGAAUUUACAAGAGUGAUUUGAUCAAUUCAAGAAGUGUAUUGAGAAUAGAUGAUGAUAAUAUGAUAGUAGAGCAGAGACUUGUAAGUGUUCCAUAUCAUUACAUUGACGUUUAAAUAAUUGAAAUAAACAAAUUUGGCUGAAUUUCAUGUCAAGUAAUGGAGAUUUAAAAUGGUGCAUUUUUUGUUAAUAUGAAACCUGGAAUUGUUUUGGUAUGAUUAUUUGUCUCUUACCUAAUUUAAGUAGGUAUUUUGAUGUUUAUUUUAAAUAUUUAUAUGUGAAUGACUUUUAUCAUUAAACAUUUUUUUGUUAUGUUAUCUCCUCAUUUAAUCUCAACAAUGUUAAGAUUGAAGAAAAAUCAAUGUACUAGUUAAAGGAUGAUGUGAAUACACUUUUUAAGAAAAUCAAAGUUGUUCUAAACAUUCAAUAUUGAUAUUGUUCCACAAACAGUUGGAAAAUAUAGAAAAUUAUAAAAUAUCA